UCACGUCCGGCGAAUUCGGGAGAUCGCUGAAUUACAGAAAGAACGAGACAGAAUGCCUGUAGCCCCGGGAGAGUUCUUGAAAUCGCAUAGAAAUUCACGAUGAACAUCUUCUUCAAGGGUUUCUCCUCUGAAGUUCGAAGAAUUCGGAGUUCGCAAUUCCCCCCCCCCCCCCCCCCCCCCCCCCCCCCCUAACUGGGUACUCUCUCAGUUUCUCUGUUGCUUUUAUUUCUUUGAAUGUUUGCUGAAAUGUGAGUUCAACUGAAACUGAUUUGGUUGUGGAUUGAUUUGUUGAGGUUAUGCUUUAUAUAAAUUCGAAUCCAAUAGAAAAUGUCUCGGGAAAGAAAAUGAUUGGUUUACCUUCUGUCUUUGUUAACAAGAUCAUGUUUGAUGGUUCUUUUAGGGUAGGGCUAAUCGAUCUGAGCUGAAAAUGACAGCUCGAAUGGGAAGUUACCAAAUCUACUUUAUUGUUUCUUUGUUAGCAACUUAUUGGUUUAUCUUCCUGAUAUUCUGUUGAUCUGAGCCUUCUGUGUUACAGGACAUUGUGGGUGAGUCGUAUUAGAGGGCAAAGUUGGUAUCUGUAAUAAGGUUGCUCAUUUGUGAUUAGAAGGUCACAGUUUCAAGUUUUGAAAACAGCUUCUUUGGGAAAAAGAGCAAGGGAAAAGUUGUGUACAGAUAUGAUGUUUUCCCAGCUCGUAAAAUAAAGAGUCUCGUGAACUGUGAUCCCACAAAUAACUUCUAGUGUGUACUGGCAUAGGGGAACAGCCUUAUGUUUGUUUGUUGGGAUAUGCUCUGUAAAUUUUUGGAUUUAGAAAGGAGCUCAGCCCCUACAUAGUUUCACAAGCCUUUGUCAUUGUAGAGACUUCUGAAUCCAUUCUUUAGUCUGGAAUGGAGCAAAGUGGCCCCACCCCCCUUUCUAGGAAGCAAAAAGUUUGACCUUAGAAAGGGAGUAAACACUGGUUAUUCCAGCAAGGCUAAUUAUGGAAUUGAAUCUGUUGAAAUCAAGGGGAAUGAUGUCAAUUUUCCUCUGCUAAUCAGACAAAACUAAUCAUGCUGAUUGGCUUUGAGGAAAUGUCAAUUGUAUGCAGUCUCACCCUUACUUGGCGAAGAGGUCGUUUCCUGACUUGAAUCCUCUUGGCUUCUUGCCUUUAUUUCCUGUUACCAUUUUCUCAUUUAGGCUUCUAUGCUGGACCUAAAUUCUAGCUUCAACAUGUUUAAUGGCUUACCUUCUCUUACAAAUGUUUUCUUGGAGGUUGUACAAAAUCCAUGGAACACACAGCAAAAAAAGUAGGAACUCCUUCCAAGGGAUUACUGCAGAGCGACGAGUUAUAUGAGUAUAUUCUGGAGACCAGCAUCUAUCCUCGUGAACCAGAGCCUCUUAAGAAGCUUAGGAAUGUCACUGCAAGUGACCCAAGGUCGGGGAUGAGUACUGCUCCUGAUUCAGGCCAGUUGAUGGCCAUGCUGUUGAAGCUAGUGAAUGCAAGGAAAACAGUUGAAGUAGGAGUUUUCACUGGAUACUCCCUCCUCCUCACUGCUCUUUCUAUUCCCAGCAAUGGCAAGAUCAUUGCCAUAGAUUUGGACCGCGAGGCCUAUGAGAAAGGGUUGCCAAUUAUCAGAGAAGCUGGCGUUGAACACAAAAUCAACUUCAUCGAGUCACUGGCUCUACCUGUCCUUGAUGAACUCUUGGAACACCAUGAAAAUGAAGGCUUCGACUUCGCUUACAUCGAUGCUGACAAGGUUAAUUACUGGAAUUACCAUGAGAGGCUGAUGAAGCUGGUGAAAGUUGGAGGGGUGGUUGUGUAUGAUAACACACUCUGGGGAGGAAGCGUGGCCAUGGCGGAGGAGAGUGUUGCAGAGAGAAUGAGAAGCGGCAGGCAUUUCACCAUUGAGCUCAACAAAGCUCUGGCAGCUGAUCCUCGCAUUCAAAUCUCUCAUGCAUCUGUUGGUGAUGGAAUGACUAUCUGUAGGAGAGUCCUGUAACUGUAAGCCUGUGUUGUGAGCCCUUUUCUCCCUUGCUAAUAAAAAUUGCUACUACAUUUUUACUUACUCUUUUUGCCUUGUUAAUGAAUUAAUUACACAAAA